AUGCGGCUCAACCCACUCAAAUGCGCAUUCACCAUGGAAGCAGAAAAAUUUCUAGGGUACAUGAUAGCCCAGAGAGGGGUAGAAGCCAACCCGGACAAGUGCGAAGCCGUUCUCAAAAUGACGAGCCCUGGGUGCAUCAAAGAUGUACAACGGCUGACCGGGAAGCUCACAGCCCUAUCUCGGUUCCUCGGAGCAUCGGCUGAGAGAGCCAUCCCUUUCUUUAACCUUAUGAAGAAAGGAAUCACCUUUGAAUGGACCCAGGAGUGUGAAGAGCCAUUCAAGCACUUUAAAAGGAUACUCUCAGAACCCCCUGUACUCAGCAAACCCGGAGAAGGCGAGUCCCUAUACCUCUACUUGGCCGUAACCACGCAAGCAAUGGCAGCAGUGCUAGUCAGGGAGGAAGACAAGACCCAACGACCAGUUUACUUCAUCAGCAAAACUCUUCAAGGGGCAGAGACAAGGUACACAAAGCUGGAAAAGCUAGCCUAUGCCCUGCUAAUUUCAUCAAAAAGACUGAAACAAUAUUUCCAAGGGCACACAAUCAUCCUAAGAACCGACCAAGCCAUCCGACAAGUCCUCCAAAAACCUGACCUGGCAGGAAGGAUGAUGGCAUGGGCAGUGGAGCUAUCCCAAUACGACUUGCAGUAUGAAUCAAGGCAAGCAAUCAAAGCCCAAGUCAUGGCUGACUUCCUCGUAGAGGUCACAGGGGAAACACCCGACAUACCGAACACACAGUGGAAGCUCCAUGUUGACGGAGCAUCCAAUCAAACGUUCAGAGGAGCCAGAAUCAUCCUCGAAAACUCGGCUGGCGUAGCCUUCGAACAAUCUAUCAAGUUCGAAUUUCCAGUCUCCAACAACCAAGCCGAGUAUGAAGCCUUGAUAGGAGGACUGAUGCUAGCCAAAGAAGUCGGAGCAUCAAGGCUGGAAGUCAGCAGCGACUCCCAAGUCGUCACUUCCCAAGUAAACGGCAGCUACCAAGCCAGGGAUGCGCUGCUACAGAAAUACUUGGAAAAAGUAAGAGAACUAUGCAAAAGCUUCAAAGAAAUCACAAUCCAGCAUGUUCCCAGAGAAAGGAACACCCGAGCCGACCUCCUUUCCAAGCUCGCAAGCACCAAACCCGGCACGGGGAACAGAUCUUUGAUCCAAGGGCUGGCAACGGAACCUACGAUCAUCAUGUGCACGACCCAAGCACCAAACCCCCCCUCAUGGAUGGACCCGAUCUCCCGAUAUCUAGAACAUGCAGAAGCACCUCCCAACCAAAAAGAGGCAGAAUUUAUCAAAAGAGAAGCUCCCAAGUACACGAUCAUACAGGGACAGCUAUACAAGCGAGGGCUCCACCAACCACUACUAAAGUGCCUGUGCCCCGACCAGACAGACUACGUCCUGAGAGAGGUACACGAGGGGUGUUGUGGUCACCAUAUCAGGGGAAGAUCUCUAGCAAGAAAGAUCAUCAGGGCGGGAUACUAUUGGCCCACAAUGAUGUCAGAUGCCUAG